CUAACGACUGGCAUUCUUGCUCGCUCCCGCUGGUAAAACCAGGGCCAUCGUCGAAGAAGCGCGUAACUUCCUCGUCGCUCCCGUCGGUCCUGUUGUUUGGCGGAUCGUGCGUGUUUAACUGUGUUUCUGCAGUGGCUACUCCUACCUAAAGUCGACUAAGUCGUCGCGUUAAGUCCGUUAUGGCGCGUGUACGCCGUAUGAAAUGAUAGGCGUGGGACGAGGCUCACUGCGUGCCGGCCAAACGUUUGGGCGAACGAGCUAACCCGUGUGUGUGCGUGUUGGCAACGCAACGAGCGACGGCGGUCAACCAUCCAGACACGGAGGACCCACCACUGUGCGCUGUGGCGGAUUCCUGUUACACGGCCACCCCUCUCUACCCCGCUCUCCUGCAGGAUCGCAGGUACAUAGCUGUAUUCUACCAGCCACUCCAUGCUGCCCAUAAAUGCCAUGGCACAGAAAGUGGUACCAGGAUCAGAGUCAGGAUCGAUGAAACCCCUGACUGGCAGCGGACUAAGCUAUGUCACGCUGCAACCACCCAGUCAACCACUUAGUCUGGUGCAAGACCAUAGACCCUCGGUAUAUCAGACUCCACCAUACAUAGGAAGUAAUAUGGAAAAGGAACCAGAAGCAGAGAAAUUAAUUCCAAAUGGUGUGGAGAUUACGAAAACUGAAACCGAGCAAGACGUGCCUGCUGUUGUAAAACAAAAUGAAUCCAACAGAAACAACAACCUGAGUCCAGAGACUCCUGCUCAAGAACAACCAUGUGAAAUGCAAUCGGAACAAGUGCUAACUUCUUUAAUAGAGUUUCCAAUGAAUACUCCAAUAUGCACACCAGCACAAAACAAAGUUGAGGAAAAGAAGGUCCCUGUAAAUAAUGGAUCAAAGGAAUCAGAUGGCAAAACCGUUAAUACUUCUGUACAUAUAAAACAAUCUCCUCAUAAGCCAGAAGAUACACAAACUAAGAAUGAUGUUCCAAAGGCAAAACCUACAAAUCAGAAUCUGAAAGUAUCGAGCGAUAAUGCAGCUGCGACAUUAACUAGUACAUAUAAACCUGACGCGAAAGUCACUACCUCUCCGAAGACAACCAAACGAAAAUCUAGAGAACUGAAAGAUUUGAAGGUAGCUACAACUGUAAUCACCGAUGGAGCGAGUAAACCUAAGAGAAACCGGAUUCAAACACAACCCUAUCAAAGUCCAUUACCGGAGAUCGCUUUACUGGUUAAAAAUCUCAAUAAAACUCCUGGUUCUAAAGCGCCUGACGACAAACUCAUCGUGUUUUAUAAAAACGAAUUUUUGGCUGUGAGGAAUGCAGAAGGAAGUUUUUAUGUUUGUCAAGCGAUGCAAAAUAUCUAUAAAUCAAGCAGACGCAUUCGCAUACGAUGGUUGUCUCAAGAUAAAACCAAUGGCGAAUUCUAUUCACCUGAUUUCUAUGAUACCAUCGAUUUUGAUUGUAUAUUAACAAAUCUAAAUCUAAACAAAGUUGACAAACAUAAAUUCUGGCUAACCAGAAUAGAGCUGUUACGUACAGAAAAUAUCUUAAAACGGGCUAUUGAUGUUGAGGCUGGAGUGUCUGAGAAACCUCGAGUUACAGAAGAACAUCCUGAUGGAUUGGAUCUGUCACUUUAUAAAGAUGAGUCACAGUUGAAAAGAAGAAAAAGCUUGCAUAACGAAAAGCCAAAUCGUAAAAAGUCUAAGCGAAUUGGGAAUUCUACGGACGACGACGUAGAUGACGAAGAAUCUGAUCGAAAUCGGAAAACGUCCAAAGCGAAUCGUGCGAAGAAACGAUCGGUCAAAGCAUUGGCGAUCGCUAAAUCUGUCGCGAAAGGCAGCAGUAGAGCAGAGAGAGCGCUAAACAGAAGCACAAAGUCCGGCAGUUUAGACAACGAUCAUGUUUCUACUACUGCUACUAGUACUACUACUGCAGUUGCCACGACUAACGCGACUACAGCUGCUACAGCAGUUGCUGCUAGUGCUCCUGCAACUACUGCUACUACUACAACUACUGUCAAUCCCGCUACCAAUUCCGCCGUGACGGAUACCAAAAAUAAUAUAGAAAUGAAGAAGUUGGAUUUAAAGAAAAACGGCAAGCAGCAAAGUAAUAAUGGCACCAGAGGGGUUCCGAGAACAAAACCUGGAGGUUCUGCUCAAACCACGCAGCAAUCCAGUAAAAUAGCAGGACGUCCGAAGCGUGUGGCCGCUACCACCGGUGUUGUUUCGUCCGAGGAAACUCCUUCUUCAAGGAAGAAACCACGUGGUCGGGCAUAAAAUUAACUUAACGUUGCUUUUUUUUUAUGCUACAGUUACAGCCGAGUCUGUAUCGUAGGCAAUAUGUACGUGUGGUACACCACUUAAAAUUGCAAUCAAUUUGUUAUGUAAUAUAUACUUAUGUAUAUGGAUCUCAAGAUUCUUAAAUGUAUCAUGUGUGCUGCGAUAAUAUUAUAGUCCAAUGAUACGGGAUCAACGACUUGUAUCUCUGAUUCGUCAAGUCGCAUUUGAAAAAAAAGAAAAGUAAAAAAUAAUAAGAAAAAAAAAGAUUCAGAGAUUUAUGCGAGCGAUAUUGUGAUAUCAUACAAAAUUUGUACAUAUCGUCUACGUCUCAGACUCCUUCAGGGGAAGAAAGUCACGGAAUGUGUGGGAAUGGUACCUUGAGUUGAGUAAUAACUAAUCUACAGGGUGUCACAUACUAAUGCACUCUUGCAAUAGUCUAUUUUUGAUGUUGUGAGUGAACCGUACGUGAUUCAGUUAAUUUUAAUGUACACUUUCCAUUGGAUAUGAUAUAUACUAUGUACAAAUACACAUGUAUCUGGGAGAGGUAGGAGUUAUAUGUAUUCUGUAAAACAGAGAGAAAGAGAGAGAGAAAGAUACAGAGUUAAAAAGAAAUAGUAUCGACAGAAAAAACGAGAAUAAGCCCGAGUUUUACCGAUCCGCCGAGCUAAUCUUCGGUUGAUCGAUAAAAGAUUUCGAAGUACAAUACAUUACUGUACAUUAUGCUGAAUCCUUGCUGUUAAAAAUAGCACGUAUAAAUGGUCCAGCGCCUAUAUAAAGACAGGCAGAGUAAAGAAGUGCCCUGAAUUGUCUCCUUGUCAAGCCAAGGAUUCGCGAAAAAUUCGUGAACGGAAAGUAGCACGUUGCUUAUAAUUUGUUUUUUCAAUUUGCACUUACGAUGGCCCGUUGUAAAAUCG